CACUCCUAUCCUGGUCGUCAUGGCCAACUACACCAACGACACUCUCGCUAUAGCCUUGGACCGUAUCAGAUUUUAUGCAAAGGACGCUUUUGUCUCUAUAUCACAAUGCAUCUGCAAACCUGAUACCACACUCAAAAUCAAUGGUCGUUCUUAUCAUGUCGACAAACUCUUGGGCGAAGGCGGGUUUUCAUUCGUUUACCUAAUACAUGAUGUGGAAUCAGGUCGAGCCUACGCCCUGAAAAAGAUUUUGGUGACUUCUGGUCAAGAGGGUGUCAAAGCAGCAAUGAAGGAAGUGGAAGCGUACAGAAGGUUCAGACAUCCUAACAUUAUAAAAAUUCUUGAUUCUUCAAUCGUACAAGAUGAGAGUGGUCAUGGUAAGAUCAUUUACUUAUUUUUACCUUAUUAUCCUCGUGGAAAUUUACAAGAUUCUAUGACCGUAGCUGUUAAUACGGGCGAUCGCAUACCUGAAAAACGUUUGCUGGAAUUAUUUCAUGGCACUUGUUUAGCGGUACGAGCUAUGCAUCGAUAUCACUCACCGGUUGAUUCUUCCACCUACCCUCCUACUCAAGGAGCCGACCCUUUGUCUGGUGAAAACGAUCCAUUAUUUGACCGUGACGAGAGUGAUCCUACCGUAGAGGGGGAAUCAGUGCCAUAUGCCCAUCGUGACAUAAAACCAGGUAAUAUCAUGAUAGCAGAUGAUGGUUCUCCAAUCUUGAUGGAUUUUGGUUCUACUGUCAAAGCUCGAAUCGAUAUUCGUACAAGACAACAAGCAUUGCUGGAACAAGAUGCGGCAAGUGAACAAUCAACGAUGCCGUAUCGUGCUCCGGAACUAUUCGAUGUCAAAACUGGUAAGCGACUAGACGAAAAGGUAGAUAUAUGGUCACUCGGAUGUACACUCUUCGCUGUGGCUUAUGGACAUUCUCCAUUCGAGGUCGAAGGACAAUCAAUCGCUAUGGCCGUCGGGAGUGGACGAUAUCGACAUCCUGGCGGAUACUCCCCAAAGUUGAUCGCCCUCAUCGAUUCCAUGUUGAUAGUGGACCCAGAAAAACGACCGGACAUCGAAAAGGUUAUUGCUCUUACCGAGGAAACACUCAAAAGCUAUUAAUCAUGCAUAACGUCGGACUCUCGAGUUGAUCUGUGAUGGCCAGCAAGUUUGUGACAUUGGAAGAUGUAAAUGUCCAGGAAAGGGGAUCUUGACGACGUUUGUCGCCAUCAAAGGUCUUGGGAUUGGGAUUUGGGGGGAAGGAAUGUGAAAGGGAUCAAGCCUAGGUGUAAAGGGUCGUUGACGAUAUGUGGACGAUUGCUGUACAUACUGCAUAUUAAAAAAAUGACAAAAGACAAUUUUGUUUC